AUGCCAGCAAAGAACCUCGAGACAGGUCUCACGAAUGUGGAUAUCAUGAACAUGGCAUCUUCCGAAGUACACGAUCGAACAUUCAAGCUUGCCUUGAUCGGCGAUUCUGCCGUUGGAAAGAACGGGCGCGGAAACGUUCACUUCGAGAUAUGGGAUAUCGCGGGCAACCAAGGCCUGACAAACCGGUUAGGAGAGUAUCUGGAAGACAGCGAUGCGGCUAUCAUCAUGUUUGACGUAUCCCGACGGAAAACAUGGGAGAGCGUGGUCAAGUGGUACCAGGAUCUUGUAUCCGUAAACGAUAAAGAUAUCCCUGUGGUGGUCUGCGCAAAUAAAGUAGACGAUCAAUGCGAGCGUCAGGUCAAGCCGGAAGAUAUCUCAUGGCCGGGCGAGAUGAGUGGCGUCCUAUACUGUGAGAUAUCCGUCAAGACCAACUUGAAUUUUGAUGAGCCCUUCUUAUGGCUUACGAGGACUCUUUUGAAUGAUCGAACUCUGGAGUGGGGAUCGAACCUUUUAUGCUCUGGUAUUCCACCGCUACCCAUUGAGCCUGAACAGUUGAGAGUGUUUGAGGAAGAGAUAGCGAGGGCAGCCUGUAUGCCGCUUCCUGACAAUGAUGAGUCUGAUCUAUGA